AUGGCGGCCGAGCCCGAGAUCUGCGUGCUCUCCAAUGGCAGGAUCACGGCGAACAUCGCCAGCUGGGGCGCCACCAUCACCUCCCUCCUCGUCCCCGACGCGCAAGGGGAUCUCGCGGAUGUCGUUCUUGGGUUCGACACACUGGAGCCGUACUUGAAAGGCAUGGCACCUUAUUUUGGUUGCAUAGUUGGCCGAGUUGCAAAUAGGAUCAAGAAUGGGAAGUUUGAUCUGAACGGAGUCGAGUAUUCAUUGCCUAUCAACAAUGGGCCGAACAGCCUUCAUGGUGGAUUGAAGGGGUUUGACAAGGUUGUGUGGGGUGUUGUAGAGCGUAAAGAUGGCGAGUACCCAUCAAUAACCUUUCAAUAUGAGAGCAAAGAUGGCGAAGAAGGUUACCCUGGCGAUGUAACCGUCCGAGCAACGUAUUCUCUUCCGGAGGCCACCACUCUAAGACUUGAUAUGGAAGCUAUACCAGCUAACAAAGCCACUCCUAUCAGCUUGGCACAGCAUACUUACUGGAACCUUGCAGGCCACAACUCUGGCAGCAUCUUGGAUCAUUCGAUCCAGAUCUGGGCAAAACACGUCACUCCAGUCAAUGAAAACACGAUUCCUACCGGAGAAAUAAUGCCCGUCCAGGACACGCCUUUUGAUUUCACCACGGAGCAUAGGAUUGGAGACCGCAUCAACGAUGUUCCUGGAGGGUACGACCAUAACUAUGUACUGGACUCGGGCGAUGAGAAGAAUGGCCUGAAGCACGCAGCCAAGCUAAAGGACCCAUCGAGCUCACGAACUCUGGACCUCUGGACCGAUGCGCCUGGCAUGCAGUUCUAUACUGCCAACUAUGUGAAUGGCAUCACGGGCAAAGGAGGAGCUGUUUACGGUAAGCAUGCCGGAGUAUGCUUGGAAACCCAGGGGUUCCCAAUGCCAUCAACCAGCCCAAUUUCCCGUCUGUGGUGGUGCAGCCUGGUGCGAAGUAUAAGCACGCCAUGUUGUUUGAGUUCUCGGCAUGAUUAG